AUGCUCGCCCGCGCGUGCAAGCGCGCGCACGCCGUCGCCCGCCCGCGCCUCCAUCGCUUCGUCCGACUCGCCACGAACGAUGCCGAUGCCCCUCUCCCAGCGGUGCUCGAGAUCAAGACCCCGAGCGAGCUCGACGGCGUCGUUCCGAGGUCACACGUCCAAGCCAUUGUUUUUGAUUUCUACGCCGACUGGUGCGGGCCGUGUAAGACGCUCGCGCCCGCGCUCGAGCGCGCGGUGAAAGCGCACUGGCCGAAAGCGGCGCUGGUGAAGCUGAACGCGGACGCGCAGGAGCUCGCGCCGGUGAUGGAGCAGUUGCGAAUCAGUUCUUUGCCGACGGUGAUGGGCAUGUCGCGCGGACGCUUCGUCGAUCAGUUUCGCGGCGCGAUCCCGGAGUCGGACGUCGUGAAGUUUGUCGAUAAUUUAGUGAAGGAUUUGGGAAGCGACGACGGUGAGGAUGGCGCCGAUGACGACGCGAAAGGGGCGGAUGUGGAAGAUGCAGAGGGGGCGACGGCGGCGGCGCUGGAGGCGACGUUCGGCGGCGGAUGCGGAGUUCUGGGAGACGCCGCGACGCGAGAGCGGCUGACGAGCGCGCUUUCGAACGUUGUCAACGAUAGAAGUGUGGGACCGGAGUUGAAGAGUCGCGCGUUCGCGGCGAGCGCGAUGUUGGCGCUCAGGGGGGAUCCGGCGGAUCUCGCGGCGGCUCGAGAGCUCAUCGCUCACGGACGAGCGCUCGUGAAUGGAUUCCCGGAACCGAAAGAGUUAGCCGCCGCGGAGGCGCGCGUGGACAUCGCGGAUGAUAUCGCGACGAUUGAAGGCAUCGAUGACGUCGACGCGCGUCGAAAGGCGCACGAGGAUUCGCCGAAAGAGUUUGCCUCCGUUCGGGCGUACGCGCUCGCGCUCUACGCAAAGGGCGACAUGGCGGGCGCGUGCGAGGUCGCGUUGCGAAGCGUCAAGCCCGCUUUCGGCUCGAGCCGAGAAGACGGGAAAAACUUAGUCGUUAAACUCGUCGGGGCGUGCGCUCCGGGAGAUCCGCUCGCUGAGGCGACGCGCCGUAAGCUCGCGUCUUCAUUCUUUUUGUAA